CAGGCUUUGGGACCAGUACGAAGACGCGGACCUCAACAAGGACGGUCACCUGGACUUCCGCGAGCUGCAUUCGCUGUUGCAGAGGAUGGGUUUCUCCCCCACCACGAUGGCCACCAUGGAGGCCCUGAAGGAGUUGGACAGGAACCUGGACGAGCGGCUUAGCUUCGAAGAGUUCCAGGGCCUCAGGGACUUCCUGCGCCAGACCGAAGGGAUGACGAGGGCCGAGUGCCAGGAGCUGAAGGAGCUGCACGACAAGGUGAUCCCAGGGCUUGUGGACCCGGACCUCAUGGAGAAGGAGUGCUGGCGGAUAUGCAGUUACGUGGGGUACCCGUUCUCGGAGCAAGAAUUCGUCAAGUGGGACCUGCUCAACAACCUAGACUACGACGACGAGAAGGAGGACGGCCUGAGCUUCGCCGAGCUCCUGCAGGUCGUGCGAAAGGUGCGCGAGAAGGAGCGCGAGAGCUUGGCCGAACUCAUGGCGCGCCACGGGCGGCCCAAGGGAGCGGGGGACUUGGUGGGCUACGUGACUCCCGCGGAGGGCACGUGGGCGGACUGCUUCCCCACCGAGGACUUGGGUUACGUGCUCUCCGACUUCGGCUACGUGACGUCGGUCGAGGCCGUGUAUGAGUGCCUCGACAAGUUCGACGAGGUGGAGGAGGAGGACUCGCUGACCAUCGAGGAACUCGCCCUCUUUCUUCGCGAGUACCGCAAGGCGCUGCGGGAGCGGCCGGAUCUGGCGCAGCAGAAGAUGGCAUGGCUCCAACGCCACGACAAGGAGAGCGGGGACUUGUACGGCUUCUUGCCCAUCGUUGAAGGCAUGCCCGUCGCUCUGACCGAUCAUAUCGAUCGAAGCGAGGACAAAAACCUGUUGCGCGGUCGCGUGGGCCGGGUGCAAUCCUGGGCAUGCGACGGCGACGGCGACAAUGAUCGAGUCACGCGCGGCGGGGAGACCAUAUUGAAGAAGACUCCGAAAGUGAUUUUCGUGUUGUUCGACGAAGGCGAUGGCGGGAAAGGCGGCAGGAAGCCGUGCCAGUGGACGAUCGAGGGAAUGAAGACGCCCGGGUUGCACCCCGUGAUUCCGCAGAAGAAGGAGUGGUUCGUGGACAAGGGCCGUCCGCAUCCGCGACUGAAGGUCAAAAGACGGCAGUUCCCGCUGGCUCCGGCCUUCGGAGUGACGGCCCAUGCGGCGCAGGGGCAGACGUUCAAGCAAGGUGUCAUAGUGGACCUGAGCAUCGGCGGGGGCACGAGUGGGAUCGAGGCAUUCAUCGAAGACAAUUUCCAGUUCGGGCUCAAUUUCGACGAGGCGUGCGACCGCGCAGGGAUCCCAGUCUUCGAUCCCGAGGGUGCCGUCGACGCCGCGAAGCUGCAGUGCCGUCGACGCGCGUGCAGCACGAAGGAGCCAGAGGACAUCGCGAAGGCGCUGCUGUACACCGAGGGCCAGCCAGUCAUCGCGGGUGCGAAGAUCCCGAACUUCGAGGAUUACCAGCAGGAGUGCACUUCGCGUCCGAACAGAGUGACGAUCAAGGUGUGGAUCACCAUGGCAGAAGCGCUGGACACGAUCACGGACACGCUGCGCAUCUCCCAGAAGUGCGCGGAGGUCCACGAGAUCGAGGAGGGCGCCGUCCAGGAGAUCGAGGAGGGCGCCGAGGUCCAGGAGAUCGAUGAGGGCGCCGAGGUCCAGGAGAUCGAGGAGCAGGGCGCCGAGGUCCAGGAGAUCGAUGAGCAGGGCGCCGAGGUCCAGGAGAGCGGGGGCGAGGUCCAGGAGAUCGAUGAGCAGGGCGCCGAGGUCGACCAGGAGAUCGAGGAGCAGGGCGCCGAGGUCGACCAGGAGAUCGAGGAGCAGGGCGCCGAGGUCCAGGAGAUCGAUGGGCAGGGCGCCGAGGUCGACCAGGGGAUCGAGGAGCAGAGCGCCGAGCUGCCAGACGGGAUGCAGAAUUCGAAGAGGAGGGGUGCUGAGAAGAUCAGCACUAUCGUGUUCAGGGCGACAGCCGCGACGAAUGGCUGGCCGCAAUUCAUCCAGUGCGCCGACAAGACGUGGGGCGAGAGCGACAAUGCCAAGGAGCUGAGCGAGACGUGCAUGAAGGACUACGUCAUGCAGAUGAUCAUCGAGAAGCCGACCGUCACCAAGGCUGUCGUGAGCUCGUACAGGAACAGUGUUGUGAACGAGCUGCGCUCCUCCAGUGGAUCCUAG